AUGGCCGAUAAUGCGGAGACACUACCGACGGAUGAGCAGCCGGCGCAGCCGCUGGCCUCUGAUGCCACGGAAAAGAAGGACGAAUCUGUGAAGAAAAGAAGGGGCAGGCCCAAGGAUGACAACGCGCCGCCGAAGCCAAAGACUCCAAAGAUGCAGGUUACUGGUCCGGCCCGCGAGCGUCUCAAAACAGAAAGGCCCGAGUUGGCGACGGAUCUGAAAGCCAUGAUGGCUGCCUUGAACGAUGUCUGGGAGCAGGUGCCGCAGGAAGAGAAAGAUAGGAUGGAAGCAGAGUUCCAGAAAGAGAUGGAGAUUUGGCAGCCGAAGUGGGAGGCAUACAAGAAGACCGCAUCCUUCAAGGAAUUCAAGUGCUUGAAGCAGGAAUACCUGGAUCGAAAGGAGAAGCGGAAAUUCUUGAAAGCGGCUGCAAAGAAUGCACCCAAAAAGCCGAAGUCUGGUUACAUGAUAUUCGCUUCUGAAGCCCGCGACAAGGUCAAAGAGGAGGUCAUGGCCGUCGGUGGUUCAUUGGGAGAUAUCGGGAAGCGAAUUGCUGAUCUCUGGAAGGAGCUUCCAGAGGCGAAGAAGGCGGAAUACGACGAAACUUCCCAAGCACAGAAAGAAGAGUUUCGAGUCAAAUUUGCCGAAUACAAGACAACGGCAGAUUUCAAGGAUUUCCAGAGGAGCAAGGCGAAGAUGGAAGGAAAGCACGGACUGAGACAGCUUCAGCUGACAACCCAUAAGGAAGCACCAGAUCCGCCGAAGAGUGCUUUUGCCUUGUACAAGGCCAAGCACAUGAAGCAAGUAAUGGAGGAGAACAAAGGUGUGGCCGCAGGUGAGCUUAGCAAGAUACUUGGCAGUAUGUGGAAGAAGGCGGAAGCAGAAGACAGAGCUCCUUUUGAGGAGCAGGCUGCAGUCUUGAAGAAGGAGUACCUGCAGAAAGUUGCCGACUUCAAGCGCAAGAAGGUGUAUGUGCAGUUUCUCCAGAAGCGCGUGGCUGUGAGAACAAGAGAAAACCGCAGGGUGAAUCUGAACGAAAUGCCGAAGAAGCCGAAAAGCGUGUACGCCCUCUUCAGGGAUGAUAUCAAGGACGAGGUGCCCGCUGGGAAAGGAGAGGGAAAGGGGAUGAACUUCGUCAAGACCAAGUUUGCUGAAAUCGAUGAAACCGCGAAGAAAAAGUACAUGGAGCAGGAGGCAGACUUGAAGCAAAAGUACAACGAAGAAGUCAAAACUUACAAAGAGGGCGAGCAGUACAAGGAGUUUGAGAAGACGACGGGCAAGAUCAAGAGGGAAAUGAUGACAGAAGCCAUGAAGGUCAUGACUUUGAAGUUCCUGCGUGACGCACCUCCGGAGCCGCCAAAGAAUCCCUUUGCCAUCUUCGUCGGCGAGAAGAGGCGUAUGUCUGAAGAAUCCAACGGAGCGCCUCCAAAGAAGAGGACGCGUGAAGAAGCCAAAGCGGAGGUGGCAAAACUCAAGGAGGAAUGGGCCAAGCUUGACAAGGAAGCAAAAAACGUUUAUGAUGAAAAGAGAAAGGACCGCUUCAACGAAUGGAAAGAGCAGGUCAAGGCAUACAUGGAGAAGCAGGAAUGGAAGGACUACAUCGAGGAGGCGAAGAUGCUGAAGGUCCCCGUGAAGAGUUUUUUGCCGAACAAGAAGCUGGCGAUUAAAAAGCUGAAAAACGGCAUGAAGAUUCAACGACCGCCCGAGAAGCCCUACAACUUCCCAGCCAAGCCACCAACCGCACAGAGAAUUUUCUGCUCUGAGAAAAGGAAAGAAGUGGAGGACCCAUCAAAGUUGCUGGAGAUGUGGGGAGCUUUGUCGGAGGAGGAGCGCAAAGUCUACGAGGGAAAACAGCAAGACUUGGCCGCCCAGUAUCGCGAGGACGUUCAGGCUUUUGAAGGCAGUGACGAGGGCAAGGAGUACUUCAAAAGGCUCGCGCAGGUCCGGAAAAGCAAUGCGAUUGCUCAGGCGAAAGACAAGUACUUGGAGGGUAUGCCGAAGAAGCCGAAAGGUGCAAUUCAGCUCUUUCUCCAGGAGAAGCUGAAAGACCUGAAGAAGGCCAAGCCUGAUCUAAAGGGUCCAGAUCUCAAGAACGAAGUUCGCGAGGCAUGGAAAUCUUGCCCAGAGGAGGAAAGAAAGGUUUAUCAGGACAAGGCCGACAACCUCAUGAGUGCAUACGAGGAAUCGUUGAAAGAGUUCAGGGAGACCGAGAACUUCAAGAAGUAUGCAUCGCAAGUCCGGAAGCUCUCCAAGAAGAAACCCGGCGGAGGCAAGGGCAAGGGCAAGGGAAAGCGUUCUGGCAAGUCAAGCAGCGGCAGGGGAAAGGGCAAAGGCAAAGGAGCGAAAAAGAAUCAGAGGGGCCCUGAAGUUCCAGAGAGCAUGCCGAAAAAGCCGAAGUCCGCGAUGCAGCUCUUCAUGAGCAAGAACAAAGGUAGCGGGGGUUUGAAGGCCCAAGCGGAAGCCUGGUCUGCGCUUGGCGCUGAGGGCCAGAAGGAGUACGUAGACGAGGCCAGAUCGCUGUCCGAGCAGUACGACAAGGACAUGCUGGAAUUUCGAAAAACAGGUGAAGGCAAAAAGUAUCUCAGACUCAAGGCAGCCGCAGCAAAGAAAGCGCGUGUGGACAGUGCUCGAGCAAAGUAUUUGGGCAAGGAGGAUGCCCCCAAGCCUCCUCCAAGUGCUCCUGGUGCUUAUCAGCUCUUCGUCCAGGAAAAGAGGCCCACGCUGCAAUCUGCCGGCAAGUCCGUCGGAGAAGUCGCCAAAGAGAUGUCCCAGAUGUGGGGAAAAUACUCCGAAGAAGAUCGGAAGCCUUACGAACAGCGUGAGGCCGAGCUCAAGGCAGAAUACGAGGACAAAAUGAAGGAGUACAAACAGUCCGAAGCAUACAUCAAGUUUGAGAAGGCCAAGAAUGCUAUCUUCAAGAAGCCCAAGGCCAAAAAGGAGGCAAAGAAAGCCAAGAAGCCCAAGAAGGCCAAGCAGACAAAGCCGAAGGCCAAGGCGAAGGCCAAAGCGAAGGGGAAGGCAAAAGCCAAGGCUCGCGGCCGUGGAAAGAAGCAGGCUAGCGCAAGUGACAGCGAUGUGAUGGGCAGUGACAGUGACAGUGAUAGCGACAGCAGCAGCAGCGACUCCGACUGA